AGUGUUCAUCAAGAAGUGAAGGGGGGUGUACGUGUCCUCUCCUUCCUGCUACCACUGUACUGAAGCAUGUGGCGUGUGGCAGCUGUGGUGGUGGUGGUGGUGGUGGGCUGUGGUGCAGUGGAUUGGGGUGCCGAGGAGGAGGCGGUACAGUUACUAGGGGAUUACCACAAGGAAGCUGGCCACGUGCUGAACGAGUACGCUAAAGCUCUCUGGGACUAUGCCACCAAUAUUACCCUCCACAACACUGAGAGGAAGAAAGAAGCGUCGGCCAGAACCAGACAGUUUAAGGACAAGUGGAGCAAAAGGUCACGUAACUUGGCUGACCUUGACCUGACCAAUGACACAAGAAGGAUGAUUAAAAAGGCUUUCCAAAUACAACUUAAUGAAGAAGAUGGGAGGAAUUUAUCACAAGUCCUCUCUAAUAUGUCUACAAUAUACUCUACAGCUCAAGUUUGUCUACAUGGGAAGGGAUGCGUGGGGCUGGACCCGGACCUCACGAAUUUAAUGGCGAACUCUCGUAAUUAUUCUGAACUGCUGGAAAUAUGGAAAGGGUGGCGAGAGAGUGUGUCCAGAGAGAUUAAACCGUAUUAUCUUCAAUAUUUGGAUCUGAUGAACAAAAUGGCAAGAUUAAAUAAUUUUAGUGACGCUGGGGAAAUGUGGCGAGAUAAGUACGAGACCCCAGCCUUUGAAGCAGCAAUGGAAGAUCUAUACAAGGAAGUCCGACCGCUGUACCUGCUCAUCCACGCUUACGUCAGGAGAAGAUUGAGACAGCACUACCCUCAGAUUGAGCCACGUGGAGCCCUGCCCGCUUGUGUUCUGGGAGACAUGUGGGGCAGGUUCUGGCGUAACAUCUCCCCGCUGGUCACGCCGUACCCCGACCUGACCCAGCUGGACGUGACCUCUGAGCUGGUGCGCCUCAACCACACUCCACACACUAUGUUCAGAAUGGGAGGGGAAUUCUUUACCUCAAUGGGACUCAAGCCUCUGCCAAACACGUUCUGGACACGUUCUAUGUUGGUCAAGCCGGAAGGUCGUGAGGUCGUGUGUCACCCUACGGCCUGGGACUUCUAUGACGGGAAGGACUUCAGGAUCAAGAUGUGCACGCAGGUAAACAUGGAAGACCUUCAAACAAUUCACCACGAGCUGGGCCACGUGCAGUACUUCAUGGAGUAUGCCCACCUGCCGCUGACAUACAGGAACGGCGCUAACGGGGGUUUCCACGAGGCAAUCGGGGAGCUGGUCGGAAUGGUGGUCGAGACUCCGCAGUACCUCACCAAGAUAGGGCUCCUUCCCCACCGCCCCGCAGGCCCAGAAAUGGAGGUGAACCAGCUGAUGUGGGCAGCUCUACAGACAGUGACCACCCUCCCCUUCCACUUGGUUCGUGAUGUGUGGAGGUGGCGCGUGUGGAGGGGAGAUGUGGAGGAGGCGAAGUAUAAUGAAGAUUUCUGGAGACUAAUGCUGGAGUACGCUGGAGUGAAGCCGCCAGUUCCCAGGACGGACAAGGACCUAGACCCUCCUGCGCUAUUCCACGUUGCAAAUAACUAUGACAUGAUCCGAUAUUUCACCAGAACCAUCCUUCAGUUUCAAAUCCUGGAGGGGCUGUGCAGGGCGGCAGGACACCAGGGCCCUCUUCACACCUGCGACCUGCACGGCUCUGAGAAGGCUGGCAGGCUGUUGGCGUCCGGUUUGGCAUUAGGGAGCUCAAAACCCUGGCCGGAGGUGCUUAAAGUCCUCACAGGGUCUUCUACCAUGAGUACUAAGCCCUUAAGGGAGUUUUUUGCCCCAUUAGAACACUGGAUAAGGACUGAAGGACUAAGGGAUAAUGAGACGAAGGAAAGUGAGCAAGGAGUGGGAUGGGGACAAGAUUGGAUGGCAUUAAGUGUUCUGGGAAAUUCUUCAGCUUGUUUGGGUAAGCUUGGAAUAAAUUGUUGAUUAAAAAGAUGGUGGAAAAAUAACUAUGUGGGAAUUUAAAUAAUGAGUCAAGGGAAAGUGAGAUGAAGGAUAAUAUAGGGAGAAGAUGAAGCGAAAUUUAGUGUUCUAGUACAUUUUUCGGCUCGUUCAGGUUGGGUUUGGAUAAAUUGCACAAAAAAAAGGCAAAAAAAAAAAAAAAGUGGGAAUAUAGAUAAUGAGCCGAGAAAGUGAUGCAAGGGAUAAUGAGCCAAGAGUCGGAUUGUGAGGAUAUUACGUGAUAUUGAGAGUUCUGGGAAAUUUUUCGGCUUAUUUAGGUAAGUUUUGAAUAAAUUGCAUAUAAAGAAAUGUUUAAAAAAAAAAUGAAAAUAUAAAAUUAAUGAGCCGAGAAAACUAUGCAAGGGAUAAUGAGCAAAGAGUCGCAUAGGGGGAACAAUAAACGAAAUUAAGCGUUCUGGUUAAUUCCUCAGCUUGUUUACAUAAGUUUUGGAUAAAUUGUUAAUUAUAAAAAGAAUGAGAAAAAAUAACUGUGUGAAAAUAUAAAUAAACGUGAUUAACUUGAGCUUUGUGGAGAAAAUUAAUCUUUUGCUACUAACAUCAUCAUAACAAACUAAUAUUUUCCAUUUCCUAGCUUUACUUAACACAAUUACUUUAUUUCAAGCUGCAGCAUUUAUUUAUUCUAACAAAACACACCUUAUUUCUUCAUUGACAGGUAAUAAGUAACUGAGCCACACAAAGAUCAAGAUCAAGGUGCGGCUCAUUCUUGGAGAAGCAACCCUGACUUAUGAUAACCUAGCCAUGCUGUUUUAGACCCGUGCUUGUCGCUCUCUUUCUCUCUCUCUCUCUUUCUUCCUCUUCCUCUUCCUUCUUUCUUUCUUGUGUAUGUGAAUGAAAUAAAUAAAGGAAUGAUGCUUGCUUAUCAUUAUUAUUAUUAUUUGUUAUUAUUAUUAUUAGUAGUAGUAGUAGUAGUUUAUUUACGAUGUUUGUGUGUUGUCAGUGUGGUUAAUUAAUGCACGGCGGAGCUUCAAUCAAUAAAUAAAUCAAUAAUAUUAGAAAUCCUUUAAGUUCUUGUAAUAAUAAAUGAAUCUUGUCUG